GAUUCAACAAACUUUAAUUUAAAAGUAGUGAAUCAACAGUUCCUAAAAUUAAAUAGUUAAAAUAAAAUUUAUAAAAAAAAAGCUUUAAUAUUAUUUAAUUAAAAAUGAGUGAAUUUAAAGUACACACACUUGUUGCUGAAUUAAUUGGUUUAUUAAAAUCUCCAUAUCCACCAGAAAAAUUUAUUGAUAAAGUUGAAAAAGGUGUUGCACCACCAGAAAAUAUACCAUCAAAAAAUUGUUUACGUUAUUUAAAAAAAAUAUCACCAAAUCCAGAUGCAUUUAUAGAAAAAUAUGAAGAAUUAAAGGAUAAAAAAGUUGACAGAUUAGGUUCAUUUAUGCAAGUAUUAUAUCAUAUAUCAGCUGAUAAAUCAUUGAAGGAUCAUCUUGAAAAACAUUCACAAUCAAUUGGUGGUAUGUCAUCACAGCUUGAUCCAAUAACAAGUGAUGAUUUGCCACAAAUACAAAAGAAAAUAAUAAAAGCUGCCUUGGAAGAUGAGAAAAAAAAAAUUCAACAAGUCAAUGCAUUGUCAAAAAAAUUAGAAACAACAACAUUAAAAAAUAAUUGGGUAUCAGAAAGACCAAGAAUAUCAUGGGAUUUUCAAUCAAAUUCACAGCUAUCACCAUAUGAAAAAGUUGUGCCAGUUGUAUCACAAGAAUCAAUACUUCUUUGGGAUCUUUUGAGUUGUUUAAAAGGCAUGGAUGGUUCAUAUAUUGUUUCAGAACCAUUAACACAUCCUUAUGCUGUUAAAACAUUUAAAAUAUCAGCUGAUGUUGGUAUAUCUUAUAAACAAUUGGCACAACAAAUAUUACCACUUGCUUCUUGUUAUUCAAUGACUGUUAGAUUUGUUGAAGAAAAAGUACAAUCAAAUGAUGGACAAGUUAAUCAUGCUCUUGUUGGUGCUAUUAGUUGUUUAUUAAAAGAUUAUAUGAUGUUUAUUUUACAAUUAGAAAUGGAGCAUAGAAAAGGUAAAUUAAAUUUACAAAAACUUUGGUUUUAUAUUCAUCCAACAAUGUCAACAAUGUCAAUAAUAUCACAAAUUACAUCAACAAUUUGCAAGGCAAAUGCAAGAGGUGGAAAAGUAUUGAGUCUUCUUCAUGAACAAAUAAGCAACAUGAGCUUUGAGGCAAAAUCAAAAGAAUUAUGUUUAUUUUUUAUGCAAUCAGCAAGUGUUCCAUAUAUGAAAAUUCUUGAAAAAUGGGUUUAUAAAGGUGUUAUUUGUGAUCCAUAUCAAGAAUUUCUUGUUGAAGAUAAUGAAAUAAUACAACGUGAAGAAUUACCAAUGGAUUAUUCAGCAGAUUAUUGGGAAAAAAGAUAUACAAUGAGACCAGAAAGAAUACCAACAUUUUUAAAUGAACAUGCACAAACAAUAUUACGUACUGGUAAAUAUUUUAAUGUAAUACGUCAAUGUGGUAAAACAGUACAAUGGGGAAAACAAGAACCACUUGUUUAUCAAUAUCGUGAUCAAAAAUAUAUUGGUGCUAUUGAUCGUGCAUAUUCUGAAGCAGCAAGAACGCUACUUGAAGUAUUAAUACAAGAAAAUGAUUUAAUGGGAAGAUUAAAAAGUGUUAAAAAUUAUUUUCUACUUGCACAAGGUGAUUUUGUUGUACAAUUUUUAAAUCUUUGUGAUGCUGAAUUAAGUAAAAGUAUGUAUGACAUUGUACUUCAUCGAUUGGCAUCAUUGCUAGAAGUUGCAUUGAGAACAUCAUCAGCUGAUUCUGAUCCUUACAAGGAUGAUCUUAAACCAGAAUUAUUGCCAUAUGAUCUUCAGUAUCAAAUGUUUAGAAUAUUAUCAAUUCAAACUAGUGAUGAAAAAGAAUAUUGUUCACACACUGGUAAACCACUAACUGGCAUUGAAGCUUUUUCAUUUAAUUAUGAUGUCAAAUGGCCUGUAUCACUUGUUAUUAAUAAAAAAGCAAUUGCCUGUUAUCAAAUGUUAUUCAGGCAUUUGUUGUACUGCAAACACAUUGAAAGAUUAUUGUGUAGAGUUUGGGUAAGCAAUAAAAUUGCCAAAACAUUUACUCAUGAAGCUGCAAUGGCUUAUCGUCAAGCUUUUUCUUUGAGACAACGAAUGUUGGAUUGUAUUCAACAUCUUGAAUAUUACAUGAUGGUUGAAGUUAUUGAGCCAAAUUGGCAUACGUUUAUCGACAAAAUGAGUAAAGUUACAAAUGUUGAUGAUGUACUUAGUGUUCAUCAAGAUCUUCAAGACAGUUAUUUAAAAGAGUGCAUGUUGACUGAUCCAGAGCUGUUGUCUUGCAUCACUGGUAUAUCUGGAGCUUGCAUGCAGUUUUGUGAUUUUAUGCAGUGUAUGAGCCGAUAUUUCAUUGAUGCUGAAUUGACAUCUAUGAUCAACGAAGAUGAGGAAGAACAAAGUCAACAUGAGGUGAGCAAGACUAAAUCGAGCAACACAGCAGCCAGCUUUGAGGAAACAAUUGAAUCUCUUGAUACAAAAUUUACUGAUGUAUUAAUUCGUCUUCUAAAUCGAAUCUGCGAUUUAGGCUGUGACAACAAUAAUGAAAAAUUGUUGAAUGUAUUCUGCAGAUUGGAUUUCAAUUUGUUUUAUACUGGAAUAAUGGCUCGUCGAAAUGCUGAGAAAGCAAGUCAACCACAAGAAGCCACAACAGCCUAAGAAUAAUUAUUUAUUUAUUUUUUUUUUUCAUUUUUUGUUUUGUUUUAAAAAUUCAAUAAAUACUGUAAUUAUCAAUAAGAUUUUUUUUGUGUAAGCAAUUUAAAUAUUCUUCAAUAUAUUUUUUUAAAAAAUAUUACUCAAUUUAUAUCUUCCAAAAACCCAAAUUACAUUAAUUUAUUAGACGAAUUACUCAUCCUAUAA